UACACUGGUUGAUAUUUGACGCUUUCUCUCUCCUCCAUCUCUCUUUCUCUCUCCUCAAAUCUCUCUCUUUCUGUGUCCGAAAGUUGGUGGAAGGAAGAACAGACAAAACGAAGAAAUUUUGCGCACCAAACAUCCAAUUUUUUCAACCAAUUUUUUAUUGAAAUAAUUCUUCAGCCCGAACAAACAUAUUUCUACAGAGUUAUAUUGAAUAUUAGUUGGCAAAAUGAGGUUUUGAAGUGUUGCUCAUUCUGGUGAAUCACCAUCCUAUACUUAUUAUCUUUUAGUUAAUAUUGGAAGACUAUGGCUGUUUCAUCUCAGGAGCCAAUGCAAGAGAGUCAGGCUGACCAUUUUCCGUUGCUUAUGGAGGGGCAUACUAACCAUGGGAAUGAUGUUCACGUAAUUGAUAUAGAAAGAGGUGGUGAAGCCUCCUCUUCAAAUACAGCUAAUAUAGAGUUUUCUCAUGCUGGCAAUUCUAACAAUGAUCAUAGGGAAAUAAAUGGCAUGCAAGCACCUCCAUCAACAUCACCUCCACCUACUCACACGAUUACUAGGAGCUCCUCUUUUGUUAGGAGAAAUGAGGGAAUUGGCCGGCGGAAUUGGAGUCCUUUCAAUUCCGGCUUUUGGAUAUCCAUUGAGCUAGUAUUCACAUUGAGUCAGAUUAUAGCAUCCAUGACUGUCUUGUAUUUGUCACGACAUGAACAUCCUCAAGCUCCAUUGUUUGCUUGGGUUGUUGGGUACACAGGUGGAUGUUUUGCAAGCCUCCCUGUACUCUAUUGGCGUUUCCUUCACCGUAACCAGGGGGCUGAACGGGGUGCACUUCAAGCAAGCCAGACAUCUCCUCGCGCAAACUCAUCAUCUGGCCCAAAUUCUUAUGUAACUAUUUCCUUAAGUCAGCCAUCAGAACAAGAAGAUCAUCAGAAUGCACCUAGAACUACUUAUGAAAGUCAAACAAUGGGUAUUGCAACUACAAGGAUUGGUUUGAUAAUGGACCACUUCAAAAUGGCAUUGGAUUGCUUCUUUGCUAUUUGGUUUGUUGUGGGUAAUGUUUGGAUAUUUGGAGGACAUGCAUCUGCAGCUGAGGCUCCUAAUUUGUAUAGGUUAUGCAUUGUUUAUCUUACAUUGAGCUGCAUCGGAUAUGCCAUGCCUUUUAUUUUGUGUGCAAUGAUAUGCUGCUGCUUACCUUGCAUAAUAUCAGUCCUUGGGAUCCGUGAGGAUCUAAACCAAGUUCGAGGAGCUAGUGAAGAGUGCAUAAAUGCUCUACCAACCUACAGAUUCAAGACAAAGAAAGAUGAAGGUGGUACCACAGAAGAAACUGACUAUAAUGAAGGGGGAAUUGUUGCUGUAGGAACAGAGAAGGAACGCACCAUCUCUGGGGAAGAUGCGGUAUGUUGUAUUUGCUUGACAAGUUAUUUGGAUAAUGAUGAGCUGAGGGAGCUACCCUGUACUCAUUUUUUCCACGCAGAGUGCGUAGAUAAAUGGCUAAAAAUCAAUGCUACCUGUCCACUCUGCAAAUAUGAGAUCGUUGAAAAAGACGAGACACCACCAUCACCAACAAAUGCCGCCUCUCCACAAUCAUGAUAUAUUCAAAGUCUUAUCAUCUGUAGAUUCCCCAGAAUUGGAUCAGGUUAGUGAAACCAAAGUUUUUUGUCCUUUGGUUUCAAGUUUCAUGGUGGAACUUUGUCAGUAACUCCUCUCCUGAUAAUACAAGUUAAAGUUGCCUUCCAUUCCACCGAUCCUCUUGAUUUUAUUUUCUACCUUUUUUUUUUCUUUUAAAUUGUGCUUUAGAUUGCACAGGAAUGUACAGUUGUAAUCAUCCAAGAUUCUGUAAGAUGCUUGUACAGAUGAUAAAUCAUUACCUAAAUAGGCCAUAAAAUUGAAGGUGACGACGAUUUGUCGACCGACCGCCAUCCUAACCUGUAACCUGUAACCUGUAAGGAUGAAAAGAACAUUGCUUAAUACGAAGUAUACUAUAGUUUCACUACGGAGUAUGUUGUAGCAAAGGGCGAAACAGGUUUUUGUUAGUUGUUACCCAAUAGGCCAAUAGCAUUAUAGCAACUUCUAUUUAUUGGACUGGCAAUUCUGGUGCAAUAUAUUUUUUUUCUUUCUCUUUUUUUUCACUGAACUACUGUACUAUUUUGUUGUGAAAUGAACUUAGGAGCUUGUAACAAAUUGUUUUAGUUUGGUGUUAUAGUGUUAUUAAUGUUUAACCUUUUUCAUCUUUGACUGAA